CAAAUUUUGGUUUAUGGAAAAUAACUAAUUAAUCUCUAUAAGUUAAGAUGAUUAGGACUGUUUUUUUAGUGAAGAUGAUGAAUAAAUUUCUCAAAUAAUAGAAUAAGAUCCAACAGGGCGAUUUUGUAAAGUAUUUUUCAAUUUAUAAAACAGUAUAAUGAAGAAAUAGGAUAGGGUGCAUAUAAAAGUGUGUUUAGAGGAUAUGAUAAUUAAAGUGGUUGUGAAGUUGCAUGGAAUGUUUUUUAAUUACAUAGUGUUCCAGAAAGUAAAUUGAUUUAUCAAAAUAUUUUAGAUGAAAGAAGACGAGCUAGAUAAGAGAUUUCUAUUUUAAGUAGUUUAAAACACAAUAACAUUAUUAAUUUUAUUCACUCUUGGCAUAACAAAAAGAAGAAAGAGAUUAUCUUUAUUACUGAAAUCAUAAAUGGUGGUUCCUUGAAGAAGUAAAAUAAAAUUCAGAUUUCUUUAGUUAUUUACGAAGAAUAUUGAGACCGAAAUUAAAAGUUAUAAAAAAUUGGUGUAGAUAAAUUCUUUUAGGUCUUGAAUUUAUGCAUAAACAAAACAUUAUUCAUAGAGAUUUAAAAUGUGAAAACAUACUUAUAGAUACAAAUAAUAAUGAAUUAAAAAUAGGGGAUUUGGGACUUUCUAUAUAGUAAAGAAUGCAAAAUUAUUAUUAGAUUGUAAUAAUCUUUUACAAGCUCUGUGUUGGGAACCCCUGAAUUUAUGGCUCCAGAAAUUUAUUCGGAACAUUAUGAUACAAAAGUAGAUAUCUAUGCUUUUGGUAUGUGUCUCUUAGAAAUGGUUACUGGUGUUAAACCAUUUUGUGAAUGUAAGGGUGGGAUUGGAUAAGUUAUAAAAAAAGUAAUAGAAUAGCAGAAACCAUAAUCAAUUGAUUCAAUUCUUAAUGAAAAAAUUAAAUCAAUUAUUUUAGAGUAAAAUUAUUUUAUUGAUUAAGAUGUUUGAAACCACCUGAGCAAAGACCCUCAGUGACUGAAUUACUACAAAAUCAUUUUAAUGGAUAAACACAGGAAAACGACAAUUUACCUGUUGCAAUAAAUGAACAGUAUCUAGUUUAGUUGAGAGAUGAUAGCAAGAGUACAAUUUUCUUAUUGUUCAGAUUCAUCUCUUCUAAAAUGCAAUCUAUCUAAUAAAGUUAUGUUAACAGCAGGAAGUAGCAAAUUUGAUACAAAUUCAGAAAUAAGCACUCAGAAAUAACCAUAGAAAAUCGAAAUGAAAAAGAAAAAUAUGAUCAUUUAAACAGAAGAUGAAACAGAUUAAAUUUUUAUGUAGUGUUAUAAAGUCUAUAUUGUAAUAACAUAAAUUCAUUUAUAUUUUAGGAUAAAAAGAAAGAAGACUCUUUUUUAGAUUUAGAAUAGAGAUAAGAAAAAGAACUUUAAAUUUUGAAAUAGUUGCAUGCUCAAUAAAAACAAGAAUAUUUAAAAAAAACUCAAAAUUCCUAAGCAGGAAUUUAAAAUUCAGGAUUUAUGUCACCUAGAUCUUAUUAAAACUUUUUUGAGUUUCAAAACGAAUCAAAUGCAAUCAAGUCAAUAGUUGAUAGUCCAUGUUUGGAAAAGAUUGGCAAUACUAAAAUUUAUAAAUACGGAUAACAGAAUGUAAGCUUUAAUUAAAUUUGUAUAUUAGGGAGACAAUUCUUAAGGAAUAUAAUUAUAAUUUAAUCAAUUAACAUAAAGUGGUAUUUUGAAUCAAUUAAUUGUAGAUAAAUAAUUAGAAGUCAAUUUUUGACAACUAAUAAACAAAUCAUAAAAUACAAAAUAAACCACAAAAACCAAAUAUAAAAUAAUAAUUAAAUAUCAACUUUUGAUUAAGU